AUGGCUGCAGAGAACAUCCAUGCCCUAGAGUGGUACUAUGCGAUGCGUCCGCCGCAUCUUGACGUCUUUCCGUGCCCGUCAUGCUGGGACUUCGAUGGGUGUCCCUGUCUCGACUUGAUGCAGCCACCGCCUGGGCCAGCAUGCUGCCCGGGAGUCCUUGACAGACUUUGA